UCCAUCAUUGUUGUGAUCUGGGGAACUUUGUGACCAGAAAGUGUCAGCGUUUUAAAUCCCCUGCAGCUGAUCGAAAGUGAAUGUUCACCAGCCUGAGUAAAUAACCAACUCAGUUUCGUGAACUAAGCAUUUACAGAAGCAUUCCAGUAACAGACUUCAGCUCAAGAUGAUAUCUUUUAAAAUAAUUAAACGGUUUGAAGUUGGCUGGAUGAUUUUUUGCAUCCUUGCAUUUGUGAUGCAAUCUGCAAGGUGCUAUAAACCAGUAAUUCUUGUGCAUGGAGUUAAUGCUGAUGGUGGGGCGUUGUCAGAUCUUGAGAAUUACAUAAAGGAAGCAAGCCCUGGUACAAAUGUGACAUCUUUGGAUAUAUAUGACAAUCUCCUUAGUUUUGUACCACUAGAUAAGCAGUUGCCAUACUUCAUAGAGAAAGUAAGGGCAAUUAUGGAACAAGCUCCCGAUGGGGUCCACCUUAUUUGCCAUUCUCAAGGUGGAUUGGUAUGUAGAGGUAUUAUUGAAAUGAUGUCAGAUCAUAAUGUGGACACAGUGAUAACUUUAAGUUCUCCACUGCUUGGCCAGUUUGGCAUACCUCCAUCAUGGGAAAAAUAUUUACCACUACUGCAAAACAAGACACGCGAUGAAGUUACAAAACUUGUUUAUACAACAAUUUUUCAAGAUAUUAUGUCAGUUGCUAACUAUUGGCGUGAUCCUCGUCCUGAAUACUUCAAAGAGUUUGAGGAGAUCUGCAGAUUUUUGCCGCUGUUAGACAACAACCCAAAGGCUGCAAACUAUGACCCUAAAGUUGCUAUGAGUCAGAAGAAAAGCUUCUUGAAAAUUCAGAGAUUUGUUGCCCUCGGAGGGCCAGAUGAUGGUGUUAUCAACCCCUGGCAGUCGAGCAUAUUUGCAUAUCUAGACGAAGAUGCCGAGAACAUUGUACCCAUGGAAAAACAGAUAGCGUAUAUUGAAGAUUGGUUUGGUCUCCGUUCACUUAACGAGAGAGGAGGUGUGAUUCGAUAUCCGGUUCCAGGAAUACAUCACCAGGGAUGGCAUCGAAGCAAGAUUAUUUUCGAGAAGUACGUCAACAAAUGGCUGCGUUAGUUUUGAAUUUGUGCUAUUUGAGAGUGACUUUUAUGUAAACAAUGCGUUUUUUUAAUUUUUUCGAUUAUUGUUGCAGCUUUUGUUAAUUAGAAUUGUAUGAUAAAUUUUAGAAUAUGCACAGUUUUUAAUCACAAGUUAAGAAACAGUAAGAAGGGUACUGAGGAAACAGUGAAAGUCACCCUCUCCCUAAUGUAUCGUUAUACCUAAUGUAUCUCUCACUAAAUGUAUCUUUAUAGAAAAGCAAUUUUUUUAUACCUUUGAACACAGUAAAUUUCGCGCAUGCUCUUUAAACUAAAUCAUUAUUGCGCAUUAUCUUUAAAAUAGAUCAUUAUUGCGCAUGUUAAGCAAAUCAAAGUGAACUGAAGAACCUGAGGGGCUGGUGUCGUAUGAUCACCAUAAAACAUUUCGAGAAAGUCUCAUGCAACAGGUUUUGUGGCAUCCUGAAGUCUGACAAUAUCCAAGAAUAUCUACCCCAUUCAGCAAAACUUUUCUUGUCGAUCUUGCAAACAGCGUGACUAUAUCAAUCAGUCACACGAAUUAUUUAUAAUACCGGCCCUGUUUGUUUCCUCCUUCAUAACUUUUUGCUCAACCUGUAUUGAUUUGCAAAGUCGCACCUUUCAACAUGUUUAAACCAACUGUAAUAAUAUCUGCAUUUGUAAAGAUAAUCCCUUUGUACAGUAGUGAAAUCUGAUUAAAAUUCAAUGUAAUUUUAUCUCAUGUAGAUCUCUUCAUAAACAAUUUGGGAACACCGAUUUUUGUACUUUAAAUUCUCCAGAUGAAACAUCAUUAACAUAACAACUUGUAGAAUCGUAGAAUACUAAAUGUAGAAUCGCUGCGUUAAUGACGUUUUUACACAGAAACUAUUCAAUAAAAACCGCGCAUAAAGUAGCACUUGUAAUAACUUGUAUUUUAGUGAUAUAGAUAUUAUAUUGUAAUUGCUGCGUUCAGAUGUCGAAGAAUUCUGUGCCAAUCGAGCCAUGGGCCACAGGGACAUACGCCUACGCGAAGGCAGUUAUCUAGCAAUUCAAUUUACAAUCGCUGCCAAAAGUCUUGGAACACUAACGUCAGUUUUCAAAGGCAAAUUCAGCCACCCCCCUCUCCUCCAAAGAACAAUGUUGAUUUACUAUAGAAAAAAGGAAGGGAUUAUGGAGAAUGCUUUUUCUUGUGGCUUGUUUGAUAUUUUUCUAUACGUGCAACAUUGUUUUAGGGGGAAAGGGGGACGGAAGUAGUUGUAUUCUGGAAACAAAUGAAAAAUAGAAAAGCAUAGCGCAAAGUGUUGGGUGUUCCAAGUAAUUUUGGCAGUGAUUUUAGUUUGAAAUUUGGCUGAGUAACCGAUCAGACACAGUGAAACCUCUGCGGACGUUGUCUGCGUGCAGAGUCUACGCUCCUUGACAAAGAAGAGACAUUGUGGUAGUAAAAAAUGUAGAGACGAAAUGUUUCCUUUUUUUAGAAGGUGGUCGGUUUCAAUUAAUUGUGGUUUUGCUGUAUAAAAUAAGGAAAUACUUGAACUAACAACGGGCAUGGUUAUAUGGUCAUAACAGACUGCUUUGCUUGAAAUAAGUAAGCAAUGGUUUACAAUACCAAAGGAGCAUUCCAAUAUGACCUUUAGGUUUAUGGAAAGCCAGAAAGUUUUCAACAUCUGAGCGCCUAGCUUCUAUUGCCUUUGUUUGUGCCUUUUGUGUGCUUACCUCUGAGAGAAAGCAUCAAGUAUCAACGUCGAAGCUAUCAUUGUAAAUUGUCGACUCCUAUGAAAUGCUGAAGUAUUUACAAAUCAACGGAAAUGAUACUUUGAUUGUAUUAAA